AUGUACAGAGAUAUCAUCAACCAGUUAGUGAAAAUGUAUCAGGAAUCUCAGUUGGACAACCACAUAUCUGUUUACGAUGGAAGAAAAAGCUUAUUUACUACUAGGGUGUUACCUUUUAACUCCAAGGUUUUUGUGGUUAACUUGACUGAUGAAAAUAGAGGAUCCACUUCUGAUUCUUUUGAUUGGAAAAAGCGUGAGCGGGAGUUUAAGGUUACUAUACAGUUUUCUUCCAAGACGGAUCUCUACCACCUUACCCAGUUUCUCCGUCGUAUGCAACCAGAUUGUCCUUAUGAAACCAUUCAAGCUCUUGACAUUGCUUUAAGGGCAACUCCAUCUGAGUAG